AUGCGGCUGCCAUGGUCGCUGCUGGCCUUGUCUACGUAUUAUUCCUCUAGCUUUGCCCUUCUAUCUACCACACCACAAUACGACACCCACAACUACUAUGUCCUCGAGCACGACCCGCGCAUUUCAUCGCUGGACGAUGUAUCACGCCUACUUGGAGUCCAAGUCGUAGAGCCUGUCGGAGAGCUCGAAAAUAUUUGGUUGGUUAGAGCAGAGAUACUCCAGAGGCAGUUGGGUAGCAGAGAGAUUGACGAGGACCACAUUCUGGAGAGGUAUAAGCAGCUCCGUCGUGCUGCCGGAGAUUCGUCGGUAUCCCGUCGGUCAAGUACGGUGUCUUCUGUGCGACAUUUGUCUCGACAAGAGCCUCGCCAACGUGUUAAGCGAGCACCACCGCCCAUCAGACCACCUCCAGAAACUUCUGCACAGAAUGUUGCUCAACGUUUGGGCAUAGAAGAUCCGCUCUUCGACCAGCAAUGGCACCUGGUGAACGACGAACAUCCAGAGCAUUCGAUGAAUCCUGUACCGGUGUGGGAUAUGGGGAUUACAGGGAAAGGCGUCAUCACUUCCCUCGUAGAUGAUGGAUUGGACUAUGAUCAUGAUGACUUGAAAGACAAUUUCGAUGCUGUCAACUCGUAUGAUUUCAACGACCACCAAGACCUUCCAACACCAAAACUCAUAGACGACCACCAUGGCACACGGUGUGCCGGACAAGUUGCUGCGGGGAAGAACAAUGCAUGUGGUCUCGGUAUUGCUUAUGAUGCCAAGGUUGCGGGUGUUCGUAUCCUGUCCGGACCAAUCUCCGACGUCGACGAAGCGAAGGCACUCAACUACGGUUACCAAAAUGUAUCAAUAUACAGUUGCAGUUGGGGACCCCCGGACAACGGUCAGGCUAUGGAAGGGCCUUCCUAUCUCAUUCAAAAGGCGGUGCUCAAUGGUAUCAACAAGGGCAGAGACGGCAAAGGCUCUAUCUUUGUUUUCGCUAGUGGCAACGGUGCAGAUCAUGGCGACCAAUGUAAUUUCGAUGGCUAUACGAACAGUAUCUAUUCGGUUACCGUAUCUGCCAUCGACUACAUGGGACUUCAUCCAUAUUACUCGGAACCCUGUGCAGCGAAUAUGAUCGUUGCUUAUAGUUCGGGGUCCGGGAAGCACAUAGUAACUACCGACAAAGGCCAAGGCACGUGUGCGACCAGUCACGGUGGAACCUCAGCUGCAGCACCGAACGCGGCAGGUGUGUUCACUCUAGCCAUAGAAGCCAGGCCUGAACUCACUUGGCGUGACAUUCAACAUCUUUGUGUCGAGACAGCGCGCAUGGUUAACGAAGACGACGAAGACUGGGAGACAACAGCAACAGGACAUAAAUAUAGCUAUAAGUAUGGCUUCGGGGCGUUGGAUGCAUACCUCUAUGUCAAGGCUGCACAGGACUGGGAGCUGGUAAAGCCGCAGGCGUGGAUUAAGACGCAUACUGUGCAGCUGGAAAACGGCACGAUGACAGAAGAAGGCGAAUAUUUUGGAGGCCAGUUCAUCGGCGAGGGCGGAGUGACAAGUACAAUCACGGUGACGGAGGAUAUGGUGCAACAACACAAUUUUGAGAAGCUCGAGCACAUCGACGUCAAAGUCUGGAUUUCCCAUCGUCGCCGGGGUGAUGUUGAAGUAGAGAUAGUGAGCCCGAAUGGGAUCAAAAGCAUGUUGGGAGGAAAGCGUAAGAAGGAUUCAGAUCACACAGGAUACCCUGGAUGGAGAUUUAUGACGAUAAAGCACUGGGGAGAAAAUCCCAUUGGCGAUUGGACCAUCAGGGUUUCUGACCAAGGGAAUCCUGAGAAUAACGGUAGUUUCCUAGGAUGGAAUAUGAUGUUCUGGGGUUCCGCGAUGGAUGCUGCUCGAGCAACACCUUACGAACUUCCAACUGAAGUGACCACGUUUCCCCCAACGGAGGAUGCAGACGUCGAUCUUCCUCCUACGACCACCAAGAUAUACGACAAACCUACCGUUCCUCCGCAGUCAACGCCGACAUCUACCACAUCCGAAAGUGCUAGUGCUUUAAGCACCCCAACAGUUGACGAAGGCUGGUUCAAUGGCCUGUCGAACCUUGUGUCGCAUCCCAAGUGGUUCUUUGGCGCUAUUGGAGCUGUCGCCGUCUUUGGCAUCGGUGCUUUGAUAUUUUUAUGGCGACGUAGGCGUGCCGCGCGCGCAGCCCGGAAUGCCGACUAUUCCACCAUCCCAGGCAACGAAGAUCUACAGAUGAGCACAGUUGGGUCGUCAUCACAUCGACCACGGACAACCAAAGAGCUAUAUGAUGCGUUUGGAGAGGUGUCAGAUGAUGAGGAUGCUGACGAGGAGACUCACUUGCGUGGAGGGCAUCCAUUAUCUGAAGGAAUUGGUUUCCAUUCAGGUUUCCUGGAUGAUGACGAGCCUGCAUCUGCUGGUGGGUCAGGACUUCAACAAAAGUAUCGUGACAAUCCUGAAGAUGAGAGUCGAGUCGAUCUAACGGAGAAGGAAAGGAAGCGUUCUUCCGAAAGAUCGGCACCCACCAGCCCGAGUCUCAGCGGAGAUGGUAGUUGGCAGCAUACCAGCGAAGCAUGAUACCUUUCCCAUACUGGAAAACCUAUUUACGCAU